CGUCACACAGCACGGCACGGCACGGCACAGCCUUCUCGCAUCAAACUCGAAGCCAGACGACAUUGGGGCCAAGACGGCAGUCGCGCAGCGUGUGCAUUCAGUUUGCAGGCCGACACCGUACCGAGCGGACGUGCGUCUCUUACUGCGUAAACGCUGUAUCAAACGUUUUCACCAUCGAGCGAGCGGAGCCCCGAAGUAAAAGGAGGCACACGUAACACUCCUUGUCACCUGCUCGACAAAGUUCAAGUUCAACGGUGUAUCGAGGAAACGAGCCGGAUUCGCGUAUCACCGGACAGAUAUUUUUUCCGAUCAGUGUUCGCGUUAUCAAUCGGUUCUCUACGACCUGUGCCUUUUCUCCUUUCGGCCGAGAGGAGGGAAUUACGGGAAAUCGGAGGAUAAUAUUGUUCCGUCGCAGCGUCGUUGACGCGAUUCUCGUUUUACGCUAUUGGAUUUUCAUUUUGGUGUGAUAACGUAAAUCGUCGACUCUCGAGGGAUUCGCCUGGAUUUUAACCAGUGGAAGAGGGAGAACGGUUCCUGAUCGUCGCGAGCCGCGAUAACAAGCGUUAUUAUGACGGUGACUCCCGUCGCGUUGGUUCGACGAACGGGAUACCUCAACCAGUGACUGUCUCCGUGUCUCGCGGAUAAACUAUACACACUUUUUUUUACGGGCAAUCGACGAGCUUUCAUUACACUUCGACGAGGCAAAGUGGAUCGCUGUUUCGUCGUUCGUUCGUGCACGACAGAAUCUUUCAAAAUUGAUGUACUAAGAAGACAAAUUAUGGUGGCAGAAAUUGUCGCCCGUCAGAGUGGAUCGCCCAUCAAUGGUGAGACCGCCUGCCUGAACAGCAAUAUGCCGGCCACUCACACUAUGGCGCAUCACGGCGGCCACGGGGGUCACGAUGCCCACGGACCGCUGCCGCCCCUGACUCAUCCGGGACACCACGGUGCUCCCUUGACCAUGCAGCAACACCCGCAGCAUCAACCCCAACACCAGCCGCCGCAGCAGCAACCGCCGCAGCACCACCACCACCACCAGACUCAGCAGCAACAGCAACAGGCUCAACAACAGCAGCAUCAACAACAACUCCAUCACGAUGCCCAACAGGUGACACAUCCUGAAAAUUUCCCCCCGAACUUCGACAUCAGAAAAGAGCUAUUUUCUCAGCGCAAGCAACGGGAGUUCAUUCCGGACAACAAGAAGGACGACAGCUAUUGGGACCGCAGGAGACGCAACAACGAGGCGGCCAAGCGGUCCCGCGAGAAGAGGCGAUUCAACGAUAUGGUACUCGAGCAGAGGGUGAUGGAGCUCAGCAAGGAGAACCAUAUCCUCAAGGCGCAGCUGGAUGCGAUUCGAGACAAGUUCGGCAUCUGCGGCGAGUCUGUGAUCAGUACCGAGCACGUGCUCGCCGCGUUGCCAGCCGAGCCACCGAUCAGCGUCAAGAGGGCGAAAUUACCAGCUUCGGCGACUCUUUUGUACGCGAGGACUCCGAGCCCCGUGCACACCUCCGUGAUCCAUCAACCGGUCAGCGGAGCCCGAUCACCGAGGUCGCCGGCACAGCUCUACGGUCCGGAAACGACCAGUUAUCCCGAAACAGAGAGCUUCCAGUAUCCUUACACUCACCCGGCGAUGCACCUCGACACAACGAGUGCGUUAAAUUUGUCGCGCGGUAGACGCGCCCAGUCACCCUAUGAACUGUCAUCCGGAAGCGGGGACGAGGGUUCACAGUUGGUGGUCAGUUCGCAAAAUACGGCGAAUAAUAGUUUACCUCACAAGCUGAGGCACAAGUCGCGUAUCGGCGACAAGGAUGCAGCCAGCGCGUUACUAGCUCUUCAAGGUAUCAAGCAGGAACCAGGGCCAAGAGCGUCACCUCCCUGGGACAACGAGGGUUCCAGCGACGAACGCGAUUCGGGAAUUUCUUUGGGCGCCGAAUGGACCGGCCCGAGCGUGACCACCGUUCCUGAGAGCGAGAGGGAAGUGAAAUCGAGGCUGGACCGUCUGGCAUCCGAGGUGGCCUCCCUUCAGUCGAUGCUUCGCAUCGGCAAACCAGCGGAGGGUAGUCUAGUUUCGGGGCACUCAUUACAGGCGAAUGCCAGCGUCAACGGGCCGUGAAACAAACCAGGGAAGUCAGCUCCUUUCUGAUUUUCUUGGAGCACGCAAACGGUCCAAAUAUCGUCACUUCUCGAGUCGUGGCCCUUCAUGCGAUGUUCGAACAAAUCCCAAAGAUCCCCAAGGUACAACGGAUCGGACAACCACGAUGACAAGGGGAUGAGACUUUAUAAACGUACAAUCGAUCGUAUAUCGAGCGAAUGUUCCAAAAGUGUGAUGGUUAUUGGUUGGUAGUAGGUCGUAUGAUUUCUAUUUUUUUGUACGAUUCGAUUUGGGCCGAGCCGAGUCGAUAUGAGAGGGAAAAUGUAUAUUUUUGAAACGAUCACUACCGACUUAACAGUAUUGGAUCCGCUUGUAUUUUGGUAUCGGCCAUUGUCGCGUGAAACAAAUCGUACGCGGUUUAUCGAUCGGAUAACGGUUAAAGGUCGACUAGGCGAGACUUGUAAAAAGAACGGCGAGAGCUUUAUCCAGUGAGCAAAAGCUAUUCGAUCUUAGAUUCGAAAACGAGGGUACGAUUAUGUUUUUUCUUUACCUUUUUGUUCUAAACGUCGCCCUGUAUCGCCAAAUCUAUAAUCCCUACGCUGUCCACGGUAUCGUAACCACUGAUCUCUAUAAAACACCGGGUAGUGGAUUCGCAUGAGUGGCUUGCAAGGUCAUCAACUUUGCAAUAUAUCACCAUAAACGGAUGAAACUUCCAAUGUUCGACGAGGAAAAGCCUCCUCUUUAAAAUGCCGUUUGACUCAUCUCUAUCCUACUUUCGAUUCCGGAGAUAUCAUCGUGCAAAGACGAGCAUAAAUUUUUCGGCGCCGCUAUUAUUGUCCUUUUCGCACGUUCACCGACGCACGGACCUACCCUAAUCUUCACCAACCGAUCUAAGCACUCAGCUGAUACGCGUAUCUAGGUCACUGUGUCAAUAAUAUCAAACGCUGCGCCUAAACUUUAGAAGCCUAUAUCUCCGGAACGAAUUCAGAUAUUGGGAUUAAUCAAAAGUGGCUAUUUUCGUCUUGACAUUCUCUAUCAACUGAGAGUUUUCUGUAAAAAAUUCUAUGUCCUUGUAUCGAUAAAAUUACGUUUUUAUUAACUUGUAUAACUUUUUAGAGCUCACUGAUACUGAAACUAGCGAUCAGUAACGGGAGCAUACAUUUUACUCAUUUAUUUAUUAUCGCGCAUGAUCAUUUGGGUGAUCUAAUAUUUCGAUUAGGAUCAUUAUUAUUAGUACGCAUCCAUUAUUCAGAAUUCUAUGGAGAUCAGUAAUCGUAACCGAUGAGCUAGAUGAUAAGGAAGAUGCGAUAUCCUAGGGUAUAAGUAACUUAUGCUGUAAGACUUUGUUAGGCUACUUUCGUUUAAUUAUUGUUAUCAUUAUCGUCACUAGCGAGUUCAUUUUGCUGAUUCGAAUAAUCGUACAGCGGUCAAUCGAAUAUCAUUGACUACUGUACGCUUCUUAAUGAGCAGGGAAACGACGACGUCGUUAAUUCGAAGAUCUUUGGACGAUUCGCUUUUAUUUAUAUUUGUUAAAUGAAAACUUCGAAUUCUAUUAUUCGUCAAAAAAUUAAAAAAAAAAAUAAAUGACUUCAAAGAUCUUCCGGUUAACGGGCCUCUGAAGUUUCUCAAAAAUUGUAAAAACAGGAAUUAAUUUUCCGAUUGAUAAUUGGUCGCGCAACCGGCUAUCUCACUACCGCCAGUUAUCCUUAACGAUUUAAUAAAUCUUCGUAUUAUCGUUCGCGAUCUCUUUUCUCAAAAGCGGUGUAUCGAUAUCGUUCGCCGAUCGCUGUUUUCGCGGUGCAACUUUGGUACGCAGCUAACGGUACGAAUUCCCCGGAGAGAUGCGAAGUGUUUAUUGGUGUUCCAGCUUCUCGUGGCAUGGGCAUCAAUUUCGGUUUAUUUUUACGGCAGACGAUUCUUCGAGUCGUCGUCCAAGUCCUUACUCAAUAUUUUCUCCUUGAAAUUCGACCUUGCGGAUCGAUCAACAAACAACGUGAAUUUCCACUCCGCAAUAUCCAAUUGCGCCUCGAAUCAUCGAUCGUGUGCGUGUCGUUUUUCCAAAAAUUUUCUUCGCGUGUAAUCGAUCGCGUUUCUUUGUAUCCCAUCUUCUACUUAUUUCGUUUCUUUCUUUUUUUUUAUACUUUUGUUAAGCAAUUAAUGUGACAACGCGUGUACAUAUGUACGUAUAUAAGCGAAGAAAGGAUGCGUGUGUACAUUUUCGAAUUUUGUUUUUUCGUUCGUGCGAUCGUCGCGAGGAUCGGCUCGGGAAAACGAGGCGCCGUAUUACGCUAUUAUAAUUUUCGUUUUUCCUCGUUAUCGUUCUUUUCUCUGAUCGUCGAAACGAAAGGUGAACCGGAUACCGGACAUCGCGCGGUAUCCAAAGUAUUAAGCGAGCCUAUAGGCGUUAUGUAAUAUAUAGUGCACAUACGCAAGGAGUAUACAUACAGGUAUAUACAAUAUACAUACGAUAUAUACAUAUAUAUAUUUUUCAAAUUAACGUAUUUUUCGAUAUCGUGAGAGUAUAAGAACAACGGUCUUUGUUAGCACUCGCUCGCGCGCGAUCUUUCAUUCGAUCGGUUACGGAACUCAUAUUUGGAUACAAAAAAUAUUAAUUAUGAAAAAUGAAAAAUCAGUGAAAAGAAUUACUUUUUUUUUCAAAAUUUCUAACAAGCGUCGGAAGCGUCGACAGAUGGAUACGAUUCAAUAAAUAGUCAAAGCGAUGAAUCGUAUGACUCGUGUUUCCCUAUUAAUAGUGCAUCAAUACGAUAAGAAAUUAUUUAAUUGAAUAUCGCUGUUCAUAAAGCAUAUCUUUAUUUAUUGUUACUAAUCGCCUGUACAGAGUCAUAUGAAAUAGCGUUUGGAGAAAAAUCAUAAUUUGUAAGACAUAUGCGAAAGAUGUGGGCAAGCAUAUGUAUCCGUUAUAUGUUUCUUUUGUUUUAACCAUCGAUGGUCUAUAUUAACGAUUCUUACUGUUUCCGUGGAUCAUGGGAAACAUUCGCGCCGACGACGUAUAAUCGAGACGAAUGAACGAUUCAGCGUAAUAUUCGUUACCUUGAACGCGACCAUCGUGCUAAUUUCGGUGUCGAUCGAUCGUGGACAGGAGGCUCAAAAUUCUUAGUAGAGUUCUUACGAACGCAUCUCUGAGCAGAUUGCAAAUUCGCGGCGUUGUUUUUCAAGGUUUCUAACAAGAGACAUCACAAGACUGUAUUUUAAUCGUCCUCGGUGUUAUUCGCAGAACGAAGAUCUCGUAUCCACGUUUACUUCUACCCUGCGUCCCUUUCUCUUAUUCGCUUGUCUUUUUUACGUUACCUCCCUUCGCGUGAAUUUUCUAUAUUUUAUACGGCAUGUUUGUAUUUUACUAUUAUUGAUAAUUUUCUGCGAAUGAUCGCCGAGAACGACACUCGAUGAUGAAUUAAUGUUUCUCCGUUUUUUCUCGGUCGCCGCUCAAAUUUUCGCUCAGAGUGUAAAAGAUAGUGCGUCCAUUGGAUGAACAUAAUUCUUUCUCUCUUCAUGUGAUUAUUUUGUUUCUCAAGAUAUUGAGUCUCCAUGGCUCGAUUAUUCCGGAAUUUAUUGUAACGUACCACGAGUGCCUAUAAUAGCGACGGCGAAUAUUGUACACAGAUUUUUUAACAGUCUGAGAUUAAAAGCACAGUUUAUUUAGAGAGGAUACCCAUGUACUUUGUAAAUAAUGAAUUAACUCGCGAUCGUGGGGAAGCUUUGCCGUAUGCGUACGCGAUGAUCAUCGCUUUUAAUCACGAAUAUUAUUUGACGAAUAACUUGCCCAGGAGAAAACGUUACCUUCGAUCACAUAGCGACCAUGAAUCGAUAUUUGUACAUAACUGCACCUUUCUUUCGUUCUUCGUUUUUUUCUUUCUUUUUUUGCCAAAAAGCACGCUAUUCGUGCCGACGAAACUAUUACGGCGCAGAUUAUCGAAGGCGUUUUAACGAGUAUCGGCCGGAGAAGGAACUUUUAACAAUGGUAACAAAUCCUUGAAUCGUCGUGUUUCUUCUACUUGUACCCCUGAAAUAGCGUAUUCGAGGACGUUUCGAAUAUACAGUUCCUAUACAGUAUGGUAAAGCGACUUAGAAACUCGGUCGGCCGUUGUCCAUGAUUUAUAAACAUGAUUCCAAGACGAGUUUUGAUCCUCCUUUCUCCGGCUGCACGGAGAUAUAAGUAUUUAGAUCUAAGGGACAUAUCCACAGCGUGUAGUGUACUUGUAUAUGAAUACCGAAAUAAAUAUUUUCAAUGUUUUUGACAAUACA